CCUAAGAACGCAAAAUGGUUUAUACUCUUCAGUCUGAUGAAAACUUUCACAUUGAAUCCCCUUUUCUUAUUCUGCAACGAGUCACCAAAACACCACCUACCAGUAUUAUUUCCACACGACUGGCAGUACAUCACCAUACUUGUUAUCAAUACAAUUUUGUCUGGUUAUGUGGGCACUAUAUCUUUUCUCAGUACACCCAAUUUCGCCAAAGACAAAACUGAAGAGGCUUUCAUUCUGCUGCAAGCAGUUGCAAUGGUGUUGGGAAGUGCCUUUUCCCCGCUGAGUGCAGUGUGGGUCAAUAAUGUUCUCUAAUAUAUUUAUAUGAAAACAAAAAGUAUUGUAUUUUUUAUACACUUUUGUGCAUAUAUCUAUAUAAAAAAAAUGUA